AGAGCCUCUUCUUCUCUCCACCCAAAAAGAAAAAGCUAAAAUGGGUCAAUUUGUAGAAGAGAAGGCUCUUGGUGAUGAAUGCCAAGGGAGCCUCGAUGACCAGCUUUCGGUCUUCUUUGGAGAAUACUUCUAUGAGUUAGACCAUUGUGGCGAAGAUGAUGGUUGCUUUGAUGAUGAGGACAUGCUGCAUUCCCUCGAGCGAGCUGAAUUCUGGCGAGAGCAAGAGUGCAUGCUUCGGGACAUUCUUGCUCAUAGUAGCAUAGUGAGAACAAAGCUGCACCUGGACUCGACUCGAGCUGCGAACAUGGCACGAGAGGAGGCAGAUGGAUGCAGCAGCUGCACACGCUGGGCUGUCGUCGACCGCCUUUGUGCCAUGGGAUAUGAUGCAGCACUGUGUAUAUCUAGAUGGAAGCCAACACAAAGUAUGCCAGGAGGCUUCCACGAAUACAUAGACGUCUUAGUGCAGGAAGGAAAUGAAUCGCGCUUGUUGGUUGAAGUAGAUUUCCAAUCAGAUUUCCAGAUGGCAAAAGCUUGUCAGAACUACCGUGAUCUAAUAAACCUCCUGCCUGAAACAUUUGUCGGAAAGCCCAAGCACCUCAACAGAAUUGUGCACAUCUUAUGUGAUGCAGGCAAAAGAUCACUGAAGGAGAAGGGCAUCCACAUUGGCCCGUGGAGGAGAAGGAAGUUUGUGCAGAAGAAAUGGUCUGCUCCUCAUAAGAGGCUGUCUUUAGACCAAGAAGACCCUGGCAUUUUGGUCUCAUCAGGGGAAGCUGGAAUGCCCAUUUAUGCAUUCGGUUUGUGCUGCAAUCUCCAAAGCUGACCUUCACUUUGCUACUAAUUAUAGCAGUGGUAGGUUGUGUACCACGUAGGUGCUCCCAAGGAGUGUGGGAAGAAGGCUCUUCAGAGGCAUUGAUUGUAACUAUAGAUGAUCAGUAAAUAUAGAUGAUCAGCAAAUAUAAUUGUGUAAAUGAAAAUUUUGCAUCUUGUUUAUGUUCACAACCAUUUUUUAAUCGAA